AUGUCCUUUCAAGAAGUAGGUACGGGCUUUGUUCGCCAAUACUAUCAAUUCUUCUCCACCAACCGUGCCCAACUCGCUGGUGUGUACCGCCCGAAUUCCCUCAUGACGUGGGUGGGCGAGCAGCUGCAGGGCGGUGAGGCCAUUAUGGCCCGCUUUGCCACUCUCGGCUUUGACGAGGCGCAGUUCAAGCCGGAGGAUAUUGACUGCCAUCCCUCCGUGAGCGGCGGGGUGUUGGUGGUCGUCAACGGCGAAGUGCUGCUGAAGGGCGAGCGGCACACACUGAAGUUCAUUGACGUCUUCCACCUCGCACAGGACGGCGGCCAGUGGUACAUCUCCAAUCAGAUCUUCCGUAUUCUUGGUGGUGGCGGCCAGUAA